UCGACGUUGAACUUUGAGCGAAAAUAAACAGCUUAUAUUCUAGGUUUAAAAAGCUGUAAAUAACUAACAUUAUAUUAAAUUAGUUAUUAGUAUGACUGGUAUAUGUUUAAAACUAUUUAUUAAAAUUAUUGUAAAGAACGAACGAUGAAUUAAAACUGAACGAUUAUUAAAAACCGACUGUAGUGUUUUCAGUUUACGUGGAUAUCAAAGCUGUGAUUUGGUAAAUAAUAAUCAUGUCUUCGCCAUCAAAGAAACGUUUCAAGAAACAAACCUGGUGUUCCAGAUUGAUGUAUAAAAGAUUGCCCAUUGCACAAUGGCUUCCCGAAUACAAUUCGGAAAAAGCUUUAGCAGACUUUAUAGCUGGUAUUACAGUUGGGCUUACUGUUAUCCCACAGGCGCUGGCUUACGCCACACUCGCUGGACUGCCGCCUCAGUACGGUCUCUACUCUUCGUUUAUGGGAUGUUUUGUCUACUUAAUUCUUGGUUCGUGCAAAGAUAUUACCUUAGGUCCAACAGCACUGCUAGCCCUCAUGACGUACGAACAAAUACAAGGACGAAACAUUGAUUAUGCAAUAUUAUUGUGCUUCCUAACCGGCGUUGUUCAACUCAUAAUGGGAAUAUUGCAUUUAGGUGUCCUCAUAGAUUUUAUAUCAGUACCAGUCACAGUAGGUUUUACAUCAGCCACGUCUGUCAUUAUCGCCGUGUCUCAGCUCAAGGGAUUACUGGGAAUUCAGUUCAAAUCAAAGGGUUUCAUAGAUACCUUGAAACAGGUUUUCAUCAACAUUCCGAACGCUAGACUGGCGGAUAGUACAUUGGGAAUUUCGUGCAUAAUUAUACUUCUUUUAAUGAGGAAAAUGAAAGAUAUGAAUACGUCGCCGAAUAAAAAAAGUUUAAAGAAGAUAUUAUGGCUGUUAUCAACUUCGAGAAAUGCUAUAAUCGUUCUUGUAUGUUCUGUAAUGGCUUUCACAUGGGAAUCGCAUUCGGUAUCGCCGUUCAAACUCACCGGAACUGUGAAAGAAGGGCUGCCCUCGUGGUCAAUUCCACCGUUUGGCACUGAGCACGACGGGAAAAAUGUGACGUUUAUCGAAAUGUGCUCAGAAUUGGGUUCUUCAAUAGUACUUGUUCCAAUUAUCGGAGUACUGGGAAAUGUCGCUAUUGCUAAGGCAUUCGCUAGUGGCGAAUCGGUUGAUGCCACGCAGGAACUACUAACAUUAUCUCUUUCAAAUGUCUUGGGCUCAUUUGUAAGCGCAAUGCCGAUAACUGGCUCUUUUUCACGCAGCGCGGUGAACCAUGCCAGCGGCGUCGCAACGCAAUUUGGAAGCAUUUACACAGGUAUAUUGGUACUGUUAUCUUUGAGUCUCCUAACGCCGUACUUCUAUUAUAUUCCGAAAGCCUCGCUGGCCGCCGUUGUUAUAUGCGCGGUUAUAUUUAUGAUUGAAUAUGAGGUAGUGAAACCGAUGUGGCGCUCGCGACGCGCCGACCUCGUGCCGGCGUUCGCUACCUUUGUUCUCUGCCUCGUCGUCGGAGUGGAGCUGGGUAUAGUCGCUGGAGUCCUACUGAAUGUUAUAUUACUCCUGUAUCCGAGUGCUAGGCCAACUAUGGAAGCUGAAAUUGUAACGAACAGCACAGGAUUUAGUUACCUGCUGAUAACAGUAGGAAACAGUCUAUACUUCCCUGGCGUGGAGUAUAUUCGACAGUACGUCAGUCGAGCCGCAAAAAAACAGGGCGGCUGUAGCAUGCCUGUCGUAAUUGACUGCAGAUAUGUAUUAGGUGCCGAUUUUACCGCAGCCAAAGGUAUAUGUGCACUAUCAAGCUCUCUAUCGUCACGUGGUCAACCUCUGGUUCUAUUGUCUCCGAGGUCGAGCGUUGCAUCGGUGUUCAGCGGAGCUGGGUCGAACGUCGUUGUUGUGAUGACUGCUGCUGAAUUGGACGCUACAUUACAGAAUCUCACGGGCCAAGUACCUUUAUCUGAACUGAACGGUGCUGACAAGAAACGAAUAACGCCACCGCCAUCCUACAAAUCAUUAACUCAAAUGGACGAAGAAUCAAUUGAGGUUAUAGUAACCGAAGAUAAGAACACGCCUCUACUCACCAAUUCAAUAUCAUGCAAAUCUUUACCGAGAGAAAUUUACGAUACAUGACAUUAUUUUAAUAAUAAAUAAUAAUAAUUAGAAAGUCAAAAUAAGGCUAAUACCAGUAACUUUGUAUUUCUAGUGAGUAAAAAUCGAUGAUGACGUGUAUUGACUUAUCUGAGUCUGUAAAUUCUUUUAUGAUUUAAUAAAUGUCUAGAUUUGGACGGAAUAGUACUUAUACAACGUAAAUGGCAAACAUAUUCGGAAAGUUUUCAAUAUGGCUCAUUUACGCCAUAUUCAAAGUCAGAUGAACCUGCAUGAAUAAUUCGACAUAGUCACUCCCAUUUCGCAUAUAAAAAAAAAAAACAAAUUCAAAUGAAACCCAAAUUCUUUAAUCAAUCUUUGAUAGAUCAAUAUUAACGCAGGUUCACAAAGUACACACACCGCAUAAUUAUAGAAACAUUAAAGCCUUAAUAAAUUUAAUCACAAAAUGUCAGUAGCGUUUAUGUCAUUCGAGAUAUUUAUUCAAAUUAACGGCAUUUUUAUAUUUUAUGUCUACAUAAAUAUAGUUCAAGAAGAUUUUAAUUUCAGCUAAGUGAGUCGAUUCUAUGAAAAUAAUGCAAGUUUUUAUAUAUACAAAUUUACCUUGUGUUACCACUAUACAAAAUGCAAAUUGUGACAUUUUUUAUGGAAUUGAAAUAAAAUAAUUGAUCUUACGUUUACAUCACAUUAUAAAUAAUUACCAUUGAUUUAGUUACCAAUCAUACCUCACAGAUAAAAUAGAAUUGUUGCUAAGUUUCAUGUUUUGAACAUUAAUUUAUUAUCUGUGUAUGCUAAGGGGAAAACCUUGUAUACAUUAUAGAAUAUUACAAAUCGUAUGCAGUGUAAUAUUUUAAGAUUAAGUGUAAUCGGUCCAGUUUUCUUUAAAAGAAAAUAAAUGGU